GUUGCGACAAUCGCGCAGAUGCACCUCCAUCCUUCCGUCAUGCCCACCCUCUGUUCGAUUCUUUACCCCGAAGGACCCUGGAUCGAUUGCCAUCUCGCACGGGUUGCGACGUGGGCCGACAGCGUCCGUACGGACCCGGCCUAUGCUUGGUCGAAGAAUAGACACUUCGCGAACUCGGUCGACGACGAUCCACCAAACAAAUGUAUUUUCCCGGGGAGACAGGGAUGGAAUGGGAAGGAGGGAGAGAACAUCCUCGCAAGCAUACGAAACGUGACGGACAUUUUGACGAAGUAUGCGGACCGCGAAGUCGAGUUCGGCGCCCGUGCGGGUAGGAGCUCGUCGCGAAGCGUGGCUCAGAAGAGAAUGAGCGGGAAGCGGGACGCGCUGGCGGAGGAAGCACUGAAGUUUCUGAUCCACUUUUUCGGAGACAUGCACCAGCCUCUCCACCUCUCUGGUCGACAAUACGGCGGGAACGGCGCCAAGGUCCUGUUCGACGGACGGCUGACGAAUCUUCAUUAUGCAUGGGACAACCUCUUCAUCGCCAAACAACUUCGCACCACCUCACCAAAUUACACGUUUCCGCUCCCAUCGCGCUAUUAUCAAGUCGAAAACGCGCUAAAGGGGGCGAUAUACGAUCCCUAUAUCCGGCGUAUAGUAUACGAAGGCCUCGUCAAGCAGGAGAUGUGGGAUGACGACGUGGAAGACUGGAUCAGCUGCCCGAAGUACUCUCACACGGCGGGAGGCGGCACCGCUCAGAAAACGUCCUCAACGUUCUCUGCUUCUACCGCAUCCGAGAUUCGGCAGAUAUUCUUUGGUCAGACUCCGAAUAUAGCGACUCGUCCAACUCGGUCCACGGCAACGGAGAGCAAGAUGGAUGACGAGAUCGUCUGUCCUCUCCACUGGGCCGGCAGCAUCCACAGGCUGAACUGCGACUUCGUUUGGCCCGCGGCACUCGACAAGUCACCUCCAAGCCCAUCGGCAACUGCGGAUGCCCCUUCGCCCGCUAUCGCGACCGUCGACGAUCAGCUCGCGCUGUUCUCAGAGAGCGGUCUCUACAUUGGCGGGAGCCACGUGCAUGGCAACAUUGCAGGGGGUUAUAAUCAUAUGGAGCUUGACACGCCCGAAUACGCCGGUGUCAUCGCGAGAAAUCAUACCGUCGAGGGUUUGCUCACGAGAGGUGGUAUACGCCUCGCCAGCGUCCUGAACUGGUUGUUCGCUGACAUUGGAGAUGUGAAGAGGGAGGAUCGAGUUGCUUUCGUAUAUUCCACGUACUUGUAAUUGCUAAAUCAGUGGUGUUCAUCCGCGAU